CCUGGAUUGACCAACUCCUGUAUUUCUGAUAGGAAAACCCGUCCUAAUCUGUGAUUGAUACCCUGAUUUUGCCUGACGAAUCCUGGAAGACCUCAGACCCGUGGAGAAUGGACCAUUCUGUGAAUGGCACCCUAGCCGAGAAGCCCAGCCCCAUAGACUACGGAGUCCAGAUCAGAUUCAUCAAUGACCUGAAGGAGCCUCGGAGAUCCCAAAAGAUCCGCCCCAAGGGAACCAAGCCCGGUUCCUAUGGCGUAGCAGUCCGGGUCCAGGGCAUCGAUGGCCAACCCUUUGUGGUCCUCAACAGCGGCGAAAAAGGUGGCGACUCGUUUGGGGUACAGAUCAAAGGGGGGAGCAAAUACGGAAGGCCGGCUCGGAACCAGGCCCCCGGGGAGACGUUCCCAGGCCCUCCCGGGGCCGUGUCGUCAUCCAAGGAUGUUUCGGGUUCUAUCAGUUCCGAUUCGGAUCUUCCGGAGAAUCCUUACGGGGCAAAAUACAGCUUUCAGUAUGGCAGCUCGGAUGAGGAGCCGGGUCCCCAACGAGCACCCCAUGCCGAUAGCUUGGAUGGGAUCCGCCUGCCUCGCAGCAGUGGUUCCUCCCUUCCCCACGGCUAUCGGACACUGCCCCACAAAAAGUCCAUGGGGCAGCAGCAUCUGCGGCGGACUCAGUCUCACAGCUCUCUGCUUGACACCGAGCUGAGCGACCCUCAGGAGCCGAGGCCCGCUAGAACUCCCAACUCGGGUUAUGCUUCCCAGUCCUCCCGUUCGGGGGCUCCAGAAAGGAGCGCCAGUGCGCUGAAUCUCUCUCCCCCCAGCGUCCCCAGCCCCAGGGGGUCCACACCCAGCAACUUCUCUGGCCUGCGGUCUGCCCACAAGCCGGUGCCGUCGGACGCAGGCUCCCCUGAGCCGGCCCAACUGGCCAGCACUGGCAACAGUGAUAUUGAUACGAAGCCGCUCUCUUCCGUGGACUCCUUGAUCCACAAGUUCGAUGGAAAGGCCCCCUCGAGGGGCCGGGCCUCCCGCAGGACGCAGGUCUCCCUCGAGAGCCAUAAGCGCUCACGCAGCCUCGACGGGAGGGUCGCCUGCCAAGAUACGGCCGACGUGCGGGAACGUGGGACCGGCGAGCGUCCGGGCAGCCGGGGAGCCGCUGGGCAGGCAGCGAAGGAGGAUGAAGUAGAUAAGUCUGAGAUGAUCCAGGAUUGGGUCAAUCAGAACCGGGAGGAUCCUGGGAUGGAAGAGCAGCCGAGAAAAGUCCAGUCCGACUUGCAGCUGAAGUCCACCCCAGACCUUCUGAGGGAUCAGCAGGAAGUGGCUCAGCCCGGAAGCAGCGAAUAUGCCAAGCAGCUCAUCUACAGCAUUCUGAAGGACAGGAGUCCUGAAACCGAUGCCUCGGCGAAGAGGAAAACCAACCUCAUCUUUGAGAAAAUCCAGGCGCUUGCCGCCAUCCCUUUGUUGGAGCCGAGGGGGUCCUGCUCUGAGACGACUGAACCGAAGCCGAAUGUGGAAGAACUGGACAGCCGGACCAAGGUCGCCCAGAGGUUGGAACCGGCGCAGGAGAGCCACUGGCUCGGCCCCCCUCGCGAGCUGGAGGUCCGGCUGCAGGAACUGGAGGAGGAAUGCCGCCGGCUUCGGGAGGCUUUUGACAAGAAGAACCGGGAGCUUCAGAGCACGUUCCAAGAGUUGAGAGACGUCAGGACGGUCAAGGGGCAGCUGGAAGCCAAGCUGGCCGACUUGGAGGACCAGCUGACGGAGAUGCAGAGAGCCCUGGAUCAGUUCCAGGAGCUGCCCUCAGACCGGGACGCGUUGUUGAAAGAGUUGCUGGAGACCCGGGAAGACCUGGAGGAGGUCUUGGCCACCAGGCAGAAGCAGGAGGACCAGCUGCGCCAGCGCGAGCGCGAGCUGACAGCCCUGAAGGGGGCCCUGAAGGAGGAGGUGGCCAGCCAUGACAAGGAGCUGGAUCGGGUCCGGGAGCAGUACCAGCAGGACAUGGAGCAGCUGAGGCACAAUGUGGAAGACGUGUCGCAGGGUCAAGCCAGCCUGGAGGCCGAGAGGCAGAAGGUCAACUCUCUGCUGAGGAGCCUCCAGAUGGAGCUUCAAGAAAGCCAAGAGGAGGCAGCUCACUGGAAGGAGAUGUUUCAAGGAAACAAGGAGGAGCUACGUAAUGUGAAACAAGAGCUGAUGCAGGUCACGGUGGAACGCGAGGAGUUCGAGGAGGAGCUGAAGGAAACCCGGGAGCGCUUCGCAGCCACGCGGCAGGAGAUGGACCAGAUCCGGAACCGUUCUGCGGAUGCCGAGGAGGUCGAUGAGCUAAGGAAGGAGCUGCGUGAGGCUCGGGGGCAGCUGCGGGGCGUGAUGGAGGAAAAGGAGGAGCAGGGCAGGAUCCUGUGCCUCCGGGAGAACGAGAUCGAGGCCCUGAAGGAGAAGCUCCAAGACGAGGCCGCUUGCCGUAGCCGGGACAUCGAGGGACUCAACUUGCGGUUUCAAGAAAAGAUGCAGCAGUUCCAGAAGAAUUACGAGGAGGCGUUUAAGGCCAAGGCUGCCUUGGAGGGCCAGAAGGAGGCCACCGAGCAGACGCGGAGGCUGGUGGAGUCCACCCUGAGGGAAACCCAGGAGGAGAAUGACGACCUCCAGCGUAAGAUCUUGGGCCUGGAGACUCAACUCAAGGAGUACCGCCAUUUGGCCGAGAAUUGGCAAGGCACGGAGGCCAGGCUGAAGGAGAAGAUUUUCAAGUUGGAGGCGGACCGCAAGCAGAUGGAAGAGUCCCUGACCAACGCUGCCGACCAGGAGCAGGACUUGCUGCUGGCCAAGCGGUCCCUGGAGAGCCGUCUGGAGGAGGCCCAGCGCCAUCUCCAUAAACUCACCCUGGAGCACCAGGACCUGAGCACCUCCUACCAGGAGGAGAUGAAGCAGAAGGAGAUCCUCAAGAGAGCCAAGAACGACCUGGAAGAGGAAAAGCGGCUGCUGGACCGGAGUGUCGCAAAACUGACCAAGGAGCUGAAGCAGAUGGCUGAAGAGUCCCACCGGGCCCUCUCGGACGUUCAGUCCCAGCUGGAGGACUGCAGGGAGAAGUCGCGCAAGGAGAUCAGUGAUUCUCAGAAACAGGCCAAGGACCGCGGCGUGGAAAUGGAGAAGAUGCAGUACCAUUUGGGGAGAUUACAGGAUGAGGUGCUGCGUCUCAAGCAGGCCCUGCAGGACAGCCUGGCCGAGCGGGAGAACGCCAUCCUGGACAAGGAGCUGCUGGCCCAGCGUCUCCAGAACGUGGAGCAGGAGAUGGAGUCCAAACAGCGGUUGCAGGAUGACCGGUCCCGGCAGGUCAAGGCCUUGGAGGACAAGUCCAAACAUCUGGAAGUGGAGCUGGACGAGGAACGAAACGCGGUGGAGCUUUUGACGGAGAGGAUCAACCGAUCCAGAGAUCAGAUCGACCAAUUGCGCGCCGAGUUGUUGCAGGAACGCUCCGCCCGGCAAGACCUGGAGUGCGAUAAGGUCGCCCUGGAGAGGCAGAACAAGGACCUUAAAAACCGGUUGACCAGCAACGAAGGGCUGCAGAAAUCCAGCGCCAACGUGUCCCAGCUGGAGUCUCGGAUCCAGGACCUCCAGGACAAGCUGCUGGUGGAAGAGAGAGAGAAGAGCGUCCUGCUGUCGUUGAACCGGAAGCUGGAGAGGAAGGUGAAGGAGCUGAGCAUCCAGAUCGAUGACGAGAGGCAGCACGUCAAUGACCAGAAGGACCAGCUGAGCCUGCGCGUCAAGGCGCUGAAGCGGCAGGUCGACGAGGCAGAAGAGGAGAUUGAACGGCUGGAGGUGGCGCGGAAGAAGGCCCUGCGGGAGCUGGAGGAGCAGCAGGAGGCCAGCGAGCAGCUGCAGAGCCGCGUCAAAGCCCUGGAGAAGGACCUCUGGCGCAAGGCGGCGCGCUCGACGGCCGAGUCCUCUCUCAAGGACGACCCGCUGAGUUCAGACGAAGAGCUCGACAGUGCCUACGGCCCGUCCUCCAUCACAUCGCUGCUGACGGAAGGAAAUCUCCAGACCAGCUCCUGUUAAGGCCCUUCGGCCGCGUCGGGGAAAAACACCUGCGCUUUCCCACGUGGCAUUUUUGGAUGUCCCAACGGAUCCCCCAAAACUCUGCAGAAUGAACGGGGGGGGGGGGGCGCCUGCCGACCCCUGCCCCACCGUUUCCACAGUGGUGUCCCCAAAGCAGCCAACUUGUCGAUUUAAAAAAAAAAAGUGGAGGAAAGGUUUUUAUUUUUGCUUGCUGCAGAAGGAAAAACCAGAGCGAGGUUUGGGAGCUGCGGGGUGUAAAAGAAAAACUGAGUGUUGUUUAGUUCCAACCCCCCUAGAUCUGGUUCUCAGGGCAUUGCUGAAUGAUUAAAUAACAGAGACAGAGCCUCUUUUUUAAAAACUCUUUCUUGUAUAGAGGGCCAAUAAAUGUGCAUAUGUUUGGCUGCGUGGAGAGGGGAAACUGAUGUGCAAUAAUACUACAGAACAAUCCAGAACGAUGAAGGCUGUGUCCUGGGGACCUGCGUGGAACUGAAGUGGAUGGCCUUGCCUGUUCAAGUCCAUCUGGAAAGAAAGUUUUGGGGUUUCCUCGCUGAAUGUUUCCUGCAUGGGCUUGGCUUGUGUUCCUGCCCCAGAAAUCUCAACCAGGGGUGGCCUUCCAGAUGUUUCAUCUCCACGGGCUGGAGAUCCAGUGGCCUGUAGUUCCACAGCAUCUGGAAGACCCCUGGGGCCCACUCCUUUUUUCCUGCUCUGUGCUUCUGUUUUCCGGUUCUUCGUAUCAACUCUUUUAAAGGGGUGCCUUUCCAAUCUUCUUUCCCAGAAGAAAGAGAAGUUGAGUUUCCAUUUACGUGGACAUUGGGAGGUCACCAAGACCUUCCCCCUUUCUGUCUUGAGGCGGUGAGCGGUUUCAGCACCCACAGGAGAGUGGGUCCUUCUCUCCCCACUUCCUGGUGUUUUGCCACGGUUAAACAAGCCAGGAUCGGAACGAGGACUGUGGAUGUUGGCAGAAAGCAGAAUGGCUCUAAGAAGGUGGUUGGGCUCCCAUCCAGUUCAUGCUCGGGUUGGUGGCAAGAAGUGGGUCUGUGCGAAAAACAGAUCUAGACUGCAGGGUGUUCUGUACAGACUGCCCCGUUUUAUUUCUUCAAAACGGUUGGACUGAAAAUGAUCUUCAUGAAAUUGCAACCCUUGGUGCGCCUUUGCAAGAAUUCCAUCAACGGAGGACUCUAGUUUGUAAUGGGCCCAGAUGAAGAACACCCCCAGCUGCUUUCCUCAAUCUGAUACUUGGGAUCAGAGGUCCCAUCAUCUGCCUCAAAGGCCAGAGGCGGAUGGGACUUGGAACCAAAAUCCGGAGGACACCGGGUUGCAGAAGACGAGGGGGUCGUAUCUUCCCAGUUAGAGGGACCAGCUCUGCGUUGUGAAAAUAAACCCAAUUGUGGCACUGGGGCAGGGUCAACACGGGCUGUGGGUGGUGCUCCGAAAGCCACUGGGUUCAAUAACGGCUGUCAGAGAAGGGGAGAGUGGAGGAAAAAAUUGUGUGGGCCUGUUUUACAACCCCCUCUUUUAAUUGUGGCAGUAAAACUCUCUCAACAGAGCAUCUCUGGUGAUUUGGGAGGCGGCACCGCAGCCCGGAUGCACCUAUCAGAGCAUAUCUUAAACUGACUGUUUUGGAGGUGUUUCCCCAUCUCUCCAGUUCGAGAAUGACAAGGUUGCAGCAAUGAAGUCCCGUGUUUUUCCAGUCCUGGAUUGCGUUUUCAGUGACAGAUAGUCACUCUCUGCACGUCAACACCUCCUUGGCCUCCCUGUGUUAUGUGGAUUCUGGUUUGCCAUUCCAGUGAGCUGGCAGAGAAGAAUUUUGCUAGCUUACAAAACACGGCAGCGUCACCAAAUCUUCCCAAGGGCUGCUUCCCCCAGUUUUCUCUCCUGGGACCUCCCUCAGGUUCAGCAAAGUCACCUCUCCAGGCCACGCCUGGCACCAAGAGCUGGCAGAGCAGAGGACACUUUUUCAUAUGCUUUUCCUGACUGAAACCCAGUUUGCCCAGAAUCUGCUUGGAAAGGCAACACCGUUGGCACAGGACGCAUCCGUAGCUUGGCGCGGGGACAGAGCUCUGGCUGAGGCCCGGCUAAACACACCCUUUGGCUGAAUUGCAGCUUGCGUGGAGGCAAAAAUGGGACUUAAAAGACCAAAGAAGGACUGAGACGCCACAUCGAGGCUAUUCAAUUUGCCAGCUUGACGAUCACAAGGCCGCCAACGCGGGUCGGCGAUGGAGGUAAUUCAGACGUUAUUUGGAGAUGAGCUUGGGAGAAAAAAAAGUUGACUGUUUGAACUUGGAGGAGUUGGCAAGUUGGGCUGAACCCCUGGGGGAAACGGACCCUGCCGUGAAGCCCUCACCCUUCUGAAUCCUAAGGCAGGCUGGGGGCUGUGCGAAAGCGCCUUGAGAUUUUGCUGAAACGACAGCCCUUCUGCGGUUCUCCCUUUCAAACCCAGUUGCAGGAAGAAUACCACCAAGGAGUUAGAUCUCCCAGAAUGCGCCUUCCUGACGCCCUAACAACGGCCCCAAGGUUUCGGAAGCGAGGCCCGGGUUGUGGUUCAGCCCACGCUCUGAAAACCCCACACUGGCCCCAGGGUUACGGUGAGCUUGCAAAGUGAGCUGACUCUCUUAUCUGUGAGUAUAAACUCCUGGACCCUUUGCCAUGUGCCAACGUGGGUUUUGUUCUGCAGACCUUCAGUGCAAGGCUGGAAAGCGGGUUUCCAGGUGAUGCAUUCUGGUCCUUCUCGGCAGCAAGGCAUCGCUGCUAAAGCAAUGCGGGUUUCCUCUGGCAUACCCCGUUCAGCGCAACGUUGUGGUUAGACUGCUUGUGGGGUGUUUUGGAUCCUAGCUUGACCCCCAAAUGUAGGGUUGUUCUGAAGUUACAUGGUGGUUUAGUGGGCGAGUUGACCCACAAGUCACAGUUAGCUGACUUGGGAGCACCACUGGCUGUAGGAUGUGGCAAGCGUCAGCUGCUUCUUCACGCAGGUCACACGCUUGCCAAAUUAACAGAGUCCUUUCUGUCCCCAACUCCUGGGGGGGGUUCAAUUUAACCCUGACCCCUUUGAGCUUGGAUGAGAAUGUCCCUUCGGGCCAGCAGUUCAUUUUUAAGGUUAGCAAAGCUUUAAACGCUUGGUCGGCGUGGUCUCCCUUCAGGCCACCUUGAUUCAUGCCAAGGGUGGUUGCAAUAAAACGUUAAGCCAUUGCCCAGAACGGUGGGAUUCUGGCCCUGCAGACUUCCAGAUCGACUGAUCCAGUUGAUUAAAUUUGGAAGAGCAGUCAAUAAGCAGGUAUUGGUGCUUUCGCCCAAGAAUGAUAGACGUCUGGAGGUUUCCGUGUUUAUAUGUGGGCACAACUUGGAAUGCUUUCUUUUCUUUUGUUUCUUUUCUUCUUCCUGUUCUUUUUACGGCAAUGCCAAUCAUUUGGGGAGAGGGGAAACCCAAUCAAAGCGUUGGGUCAAGAUGGUGAGAUUUACGAUGGAGCUGUACAGUUUUGAAUAGCUGCUAAUGCAACCUGGGCUGAUUUUUGGGACUGGUAAUUUUUGAUUUCCCUGGAGCUUUAUUAUUAUUUUUUCUUGUCUCGAAAUAAAAUAAAACAACCCUUGUACGUUGAUUUUUAAAAUAAAAGAGCUAUAUUUAUCAAGAUGCUUGACCAUCCGUCCUUCCUCCUGCGGUUGGCUUCAUGGAAUUGCUGUUGGCUGGAUUGUCAUUUUCUUUAGUAAAAAAGGACAGCCCGUUGGCUCACCAGGCUUUAUUUAAAAAGGGGGUCCUUGUUACCCCCCACCCCACCCCCGAGCCUUCAGACACUGACAAACUUGGUUCAACCUGUCUAAGUUGGCUAGUCAAACAUUACACCAUCUCUGCUGGUGAAAUUAAAUUCCGCCCAGUUGUGGAAGAAU